GCACAAAGUCAAUGUGCUGUGUUUUUAAAAGUAGGCUAGCGCAUUAGAAGCUAUCCAUGACAUCAGUGUAAAUGAAAACGAGGUCGCUGUUCUCGCGCCUUCUGUUAAGUUUGCCUGUACUUCAUGCAUAAUAGCGAAAAAUAUUUCAUUACCAACCGGGGUUUAACAAUAAACAGAAAUUGACGUUCAGUGGCGCAUAAGCGCUUACGCAGUUUCAUUUCAGGACAACGACUGUAGCACCUAGAUCAUGAUGCACCGUGAGUUACUGUGAUGCAUGCUUAUGAAACGCUUCUCAGUGCACGAUAGGCAUUUAUAUUUGUCCACACGUUGAAACGACAACGUGCAACGCCUUCCCACAAGCCGUAAAAAUCUUAGAAAAGGGUCUAUAACGGAAUCUACACCCGACAACAUACGCACCUUAUUUCACCGCGGUAUCGAGUUUAUUCUUGUGGGACUGCAGUAUAUACACUAUACCAGGGGCGGAGUUUGACCCUGUAACUCCCAAUCCAUCAGUAAUCCUUUGCAGACUUUCGUGCGCUCGGAAUCAUUCAUUGCAACCGCUUACCACAGGAAAUACCCACGACGGCAUUAAACAAGAGCACAUCAACAAGAGCGUCCAAGUCUGGCUGAGCAGGCGAACCAAGAUGUACCGCUGACGGUGACUGCGGACACGCGGAUCUCCGGUCGCAUUUGUUAUUGGUUUGAUUUACUGCCGCAAAGGAGGCCCGCGCAGGCAGCGUGACAACCCUUAUGUGCGAUUUUUGUUACACAAGCCAAACGCUUGCGACUUAAGACAACUUGAGUUAUCUUAGUUAAGUGCUGGGUUAAGUGCUGUACUGACAUAGUCUAAACUUAAAUAUUUUAAAGCUACUGUUUGACAAUUGGAAGACACUUUGGGAAUAUUGGGGCACAUUUUGGAAUGGUGGGCAGGUCAUCCUUUGUUGGCCAAAUGUUCUGACCCACUGCUCUGAAAUGCUCCUUUGGAUGAGAUGCUGAACGACUGGUGCUGACCCUAUCAGGAAUACCCUGGAGAGAAAUGGAUCUGCCCAGCUCUCCAUCUCCCAUCUUCUCUUCCCACUGCAUGUCAUUGCUGGGGUUUCCCCCUAUACAGAGCUCACACAGCACAUCCAUUACCUAUGCUGAGGGAACAGCAAAGCGGCACGUCACAACCUGUGGCUAAACGUCACUUGUUUGCCUGCGUCUGUAUCGGAAGCGCCGAUACUCGCCUAUCCCAAUGGUGUGCGGUCAAAAUCUGCAUCCCCAACAACCUGUCCCUUGCUAUAGCUGUUUUGUCCAAUUAAGACAGCCUUCUGAGCAUUGUGGGAUUGCUUUCCCUGUCAGGCACAGGGACUGCUGGGUACAGAUGCUGCCCACAACAGAUAAGGCUGCUUUUCGUUUCUUAAGUAAGUGACUCCUUCUGAACUCUGGAGAAAGAAGAACUCGUGCCUCAUGGCAUGGGUCAAGCUAUUCAGGAAGCCAGGGAACGGCAUAGCUGGGACUGGGGGUACUGCUGGGACAGGCCUGGGGAAGACUUAUCAACCAGGCAGCAUGCUCUCCCUGGCCCUCACCAAAGGUCUCCUCAAUGAGCCCGGCCAGAACAGUUGCUUCCUCAACAGCGCUGUACAGGUCCUCUGGCAGCUGGAUAUCUUCAGGAGAAGUCUCAGGCAACUGUCCACCCACUUCUGCCUCGGUGACGCCUGCAUCUUCUGUGCUUUAAAGAGCAUCUUUAGUCAGUUCCAGCAGAGUCGUGAGCGGGCGUUGCCAUCAGACACCCUACGGCAUGCGCUGGCCGAGACCUUUAAGGAUGAACAGCGCUUCCAGCUGGGCCUCAUGGACGACGCAGCCGAAUGCUUCGAGCAUAUCCUUGAGAGGAUCCACCUGCACCUGGUGUCCGACUCAGCGGCCGAGCCAUGCACCUCCAGGUCGUGCAUUACGCACCAGAGGUUUGCCAUGACCCUUUAUGAGCAGUUUGUGUGCCGGAGUUGCGGAGCAUCAUCGGAUCCCCUCCCCUUCACCGAGCUGGUGCACUACGUCUCCACCACUGCCUUGUGCCAACAGGUGGAGCGGGUGCUGGAGAGGAUGGACAGGCUGAGGUCGGACAUGUUCGGCGAACUGCUGCAGGCAGCAAACACCAUCGGAGAUCUCCGCAACUGCCCUAGCAACUGUGGGCAGAGCAUCAAAAUUCGCCGCGUCCUGAUGAACUGCCCUGAGAUUGUCACCAUCGGCUUUGUAUGGGAUGCGGAGCAGUCAGAUCUUACUGAAGAUGUCAUCCGUGCUCUUGGGUCACACCUCAACCUUUCAGGGCUUUUCUAUCGAGUUACUGAUGAAAAUGCCAAAAGGAGAGAUCUUCACCUGGUGGGCAUGAUCUGCUAUUCCAGUCGCCAUUACCUUGCCUUCGCCUAUCACAGCAAGUCUUCCAAAUGGGUCUUCUUCGACGACGCCACAGUAAAAGAGAUCGGUACCAAGUGGAAAGAUGUGGCGUCCAAAUGCAUCCGGGGCCAUUUCCAGCCACUCCUCCUCUUCUAUGCCAACCCGAAUGGCACUGCAGUAUCCAAUGAGGAUGCUCCCCGACAAACCACCAUGUGGUCCCAGUAUAAGUGUUCCCUCAAUGGUGAGGGUACAGUAGCUGAAGUUCCGCACUCAGGGUCAAAGAAACUCGACGGAGUAAGAGAGCCUGCAGGCUCUCUGCGGACCAAUCAGGGAUCUCACAAACAAAAUUCGCUGCAAACAGCCAAUCGGCUCAAGGUGCUUCCUGAAAGCCCAGGUCGACCUCGCGAGUCUUCCAGAGAACCUUCACAGGGCGUAGGAGAGAGAGCACGGCGGGAGGUCGAGCGGGGUCACCGUAGAGGGGACAGCCUCCCACACAAAGAUAUGGUGUAUCCCAGGUCCAGUUCCCCUUCUGAGAACAGUCUGCGACCGCACUCAGACCCAAGGCACCGCUCCAACCUGAAUCGCCCAUGCCGUCCAGACCGGCCCUCAGUGCAGCCACGUGGAUCACCCCAGGAGUGCCGCACACACCCAAGCAGUUUGGGCCGCCAUCACGAUCUCCCUCCCUUGGGCCACGGCGAGUCGGCAGACAGCCCGUGCGAGCGUGGCCGGCCCAAGGCGUCGUCGUGGCGGCCGGUGCGUGAUGUGCUGAAUGUGGACAGAGUGCUGAAUGAGCUGGAGCAGCGCCGCCGGCAACAGCAGCAGCAGGGCAGUCCCAGGUGUGGCCAUGUCCAGGAGAGGGUGCCGGCUGAGCGCAAGCCGAAAGGCCUGAUGACCAUAUAUGAGGAGGAGGUGAGGCCAGAGGCAGAGAGCCGCACCUCGCAGGAGUGUCAGCACUGGGCCACGCCCCCCGGCUCAGCAGCACGCCUCAAGGGUGCGGCCAGUGUGACGCUGAGGGCCGAUAACUGGACGAUCCAGCGGACGGAGUCAGGCUACGAGAGCAGCGACAGGCUGAGCAGUGGCUCCACCAAUCCUGAUUCACCAGGUGUAGAGAGCAUCACAAGCAGGGAGCCCAGAGCAGCCCUGGAGCCCAGAGCAGCACUGGAACCCAGAACGGCCAUGGAGGUGCAGCAGCUCAGGGGUCAAGUUCAUCACAGUCGCAGUGACUCAAAAUCUGAGGCAGUGCGCUCACCCUUGUGCUACAGUAAACAUUUGCUGAAGGUCCAGGGUAAGAACUCUGACCAUCUUAAUAAAAGCAGCCCAAGUUCAAGGCGAAAGCUAAGACACUCCUCCUGUGGCUUAUAUAAAGGAGGCAGUUCGGAGAGGGAACCCUCAGGCUCUGAGCCCCACAGUGAACCGCAGGAGGUCCCUGUUCGGGUGCAGCUUUGUCCUGAUAGCCCACCGGCACACAGCAUAGGCAGGCUCAGCAGCUCGGAGUGCAACAGCUCAGAUGAGAUGACAAACCCUCCAUCUGAGCAAGAGGACAGCGCCUACCGAUCCAGCACCAGCGAGACGGCGCCGGCCGAGUCGCCGCGCCCAGUCCGGCCGACCCGGCAAGAACCAACCGCCACCCCUGCCACAUCCCCACCUGUGCCCGCCCGCUCCAGACAUGCCCAGCGGCUGUGUGAAGGCAAGACGCUGCCUUUUCGGCCACGCCUCCUCCGGGAGCCCUCGCAGGCAAGCCCGCGAGUGGCCAACGGGGGGCCCCGGCGGGUUGAUCCGCAUCCAGGUUCGUCUGACGUGAGCUCCAGGUCCGGCUCGGACCAGGAGCGGGGGGAGCUGGGGGAUGCAGACAUGGAAGACAGGCCACGCAUGCCCGAGCGGGCACCUCGUGUGCCGGCCGUGGCGCUCACCACAUAUUUCUCCGUGGAUCACUGCAUGACAGACACGUAUAGGCUCAAGUAUCACCACCAGAGGCCACUAGUGCUUUCUGUGCCAGAGCAGAGGGGAUGCGCCAAAGGAUUGGACCACCGCGAACCUGGCACCCACUCCAGCCAUACAGAGAGCCUGUCCACUGCAGAGAAUGCCCGAAACAGGCCCGAUACAGGCUCUAGCAGCAAUAAGUCCACCGCAAAGUGGCACCCAGUGACUCCAAAAGGACUGGAUGAGCAUGGGUAUUUGUGAAGGUCUUGGUUUUUGCAAUUUGGAACAUUUCACCAAAUGAUGGAGUGGCUUGUCUCUUUCAAAGCUCCUGAGGGUAGUGUUGGAAAAUAUGCAGUUUGAAGCAGAGUCCAAAGAAACCUGGAAGAGAAUGGAUCAUUCCUAAACACUUCAAUUUGGACUCCACUCCCCCCGAUGCCAGAAGCAACCUCUGCUUUGCCUCACGGACAGGAGUAUUUCUGGGGAGGUGCGGUCCUGGCUAAGAUGUGCUGUGACUUCAGUGUGCUGGAUCGCAUACCUCAGAGCCAUGCACACUUGGACGUGUAUUCACUUGCACAGUCGCACGUAUCAGUUAAAGUCAGAGAGGUAAAUCCUUGGUGGGUUGGAGUGGUGUAGGGGUAUGGACGCAGAUGGAAAUGCGAUUUUAUUUGCACGGACAAAGCUGUGGUGCUGGUUUGUUCAUCAGCUGUAAAUUUACUGUGUGGAAAGGAACGCUGAAGAUCUUCAGAGGUUGUUUAUGGAGUGCCUUCUCGCAAUUUGUCAUGCAGAACACUGACAUAACUAUUCGUAUGAAAGGAAUAUUGUACAAUGAUGUCCUCUAUCUAUUUUUGAAGAUGUCUAUGCAUUUAUUUUUAUUCGUUUGUUUAAUAAACCUUAUUUGAACUCUCA